AUGGCAGCCGUGGUUUUUGAGGAUUUGUCAGGAGCAGCCACGCCUGUGUCAGAUAGCGAUAACCCCCACCAGCCUUUGAUAGAAGCAGCAAACAACGAUCCACUUCAAAUCCAGGAACGGUACUCAACGCACCGCACCACCAGAAAUGGAAACCAAAAGACCAAGAUCCUGGAUCAAAGCUUUGCCGGUUGGACUCUGGAUCCAAUCCUCGCAAAAUUGGAUGGCCCAAAUAAAGAUCCCGCGUUUAUUGACGAGAGAUUCUGUCUUGUGUUCUGGGGCCGGCCACCUGGCCAUAUCCGGAAGAUGAUCUAUGACAUCCAGCAAGAGAUACGAGAGAUUGCUCCAGACAUGUGGUUCAUGCCGCAAGAGAACCUGCAUAUCACUGUGCUAGAACUGGUGCACUCCACCACCGAGCCCGAGAUGAACAAGCUAGUCUCGGCAUUGCUUAAAGAUGGGGCAGCAGAAAGGAUUGCCAACCUCACGCUUCAAUAUCGACCCCGUCUCAUCAAGCCGAUGGUGAGCUACGACGCGGCCGCCAUAGCCCUCAGCUUUGUGCCCGCCGCGGGAGAAGGCGAAGGCAACACGGCAGGAGACGACAAAUUCACCUAUCAGCAUCUCCGCCGAGAUGUCUUUGACCAAGCAAAAGCUGCUGGAGUGACGCCAGCCUCGAGAUAUGCAGUGCCAUCAGCACAUCUCACACUAGGGCGCUUUAUUAACCAAAACGGAUUUCAGGAUGGAGCCGGAACAUUUGACAACGACAAGGUGAAGCGAGUGAUCGACACAAUCGAAGGCAUCAAUGCCAGACUAGAGGCCCAGUACUGGCCCUCGGCCUCCGGUAUCCCAACUGGUGGCGAAUGGACUGUAGGACAAGAAAAGGGAUUGGACUUUCGAAGGGGGCGGUUAUGUCGACAACCUCCACGACCAGCACGAAGUUGUACCCCGGCAAAUACCGUCAAAAUGUGGCAACAAAUUACAGCGCAAUUGCUGACGGUUCUAUCCAUUCUUCAGGUCAACGUUCCCAAAACCCGCCGGACGUAUUGCAAAGGCAAGGAGUGCAAGAAGCACACCCAGCACAAGGUCACCCAGUACAAGGCUGGCAAGGCUUCCCUCUUCGCCCAGGGUAAGCGUCGUUACGACCGAAAGCAAAGCGGUUACGGUGGUCAGACAAAGCCUGUCUUCCACAAGAAGGCCAAGACGACCAAGAAGGUUGUGCUUCGUCUUGAGUGCACCCAGUGCAAGACCAAGGCCCAGCUGGCUCUGAAGCGAUGCAAGCACUUCGAACUUGGUGGUGACAAGAAGACCAAGGGUGCUGCUCUUGUGUUCUAA